GUAAGUACGAAUUGAUUGAACUUGCCAAGAACAAAGAUAGUAGAGUGGGGUACCCUUAUCCAGAAGACGAGUAUGAAUGUCUCUAACUCAUCGACUCCAUCAUCAAGCCAGCCUCUACCUGGAAUAACCAACUUCACACGUGUUACAUACUCCAUUCUGUCCAUCGUCGCUAUGGUAGGAAACACCCUGGUUAUUCUCGUCUUUGUCGAGAACAAGAAACUUCUAAGGAAAUCAUACAACAUACUGAUUCUGUCCCUGGCCGUAUCCGAUGUUAUGACUGCCUUACUUCUCAUCACCAACCCAGCUUUUGUCCUCGGUAACGUGUUUCCUUAUCCUACAAAUCACGUCAUUGGUGAUAUCUUCUGCCGAUUCAUAUGGAGUCGUGUGAUUCUGUUUCAGUUAGUGGUCUUCUCCGCGUACAUCUGUAUGGCUUUGGCAACAGAGCGGUGGUAUGCAGUGGUAAGGCCAUUUCAAUACCAAGAAGUCUUUAACAAGAAGCGAACCCUCGUUUACAUCUUCCUCGUGUGGCUAUGGUCGCUACUCCUAGUCAUUACAACCCCAUUCGAAGUCGUUUUCGUUCCUUCGAAUUCACCUAGCCGCCGAUGCAAAUGGAAGUUUCUCUGGGGCCAAAAUACAGUCCGUGCUGUUGUUGGAACUAUUCAAGUCCUGUUCAAAAUGGUGCUUCCAAGCCUAACCAUGUUGUGCCUGUUCAUUCACAUGGUUUGUAAGGCAAGCAGGUCCAAUGUCGCCUCGGCUGAGAGCAAGGCCAAAUUACGCGGGAAAAUGACGCGCAUGGUCGGCGCCGCUUGCUUCGUGCUCAUCAUUUGUUUCGCGCCAAGUCAAACCAACUACGCUUUGACAGUAAUGGGAAAAGCGCGACUGGAUACCAAAUUACAUCAUUUCCUUUCUCUUCUGGUAUUCGUCAGCAGCUGUGUGAAUCCGUUCAUAUAUGGGAUAAGCAACAAGAAUUACCGGGGAGGCUACCUCAAAAUCCUGUUCUCAGUGUGCCCCAAAAGAAUUGCUAACAAGAGGUUUGAAAACGAUGUAGAAGAUAAAAGAGACGCUACGUAUACGCUUCAAACUUUCGAAUCCAAAUUUUGAAGCUUAAGAAAUAAAUAUAAAUCAACUGAGGAGAGGCUAAAGCUAUGAGAGGAUAAUUUGUAAGGAAAUAAAGUUAAGGAGAUUUCACCUAAAUUUCGAAGACCAAAGAGGGUCAAAAAAGUCAUGCCUUAACAAAUUUUACUGUUUUUUUCUGGUUAUCUACCGAAAGCAUAUGCCAUCGGUGAAAACUUUGACUGCAGGCAAUUUUUAAGUUGUCUUUCGUUACAUCAGUUCUUGGCAAAACUGUUUUUUAUCCUUAUCAUUGUCGUACUUGUGAAUACGUUGGUAUCUCAGUCGGUCAGUAAGUCAGUCAGUCAGUCAGUAAGUCAGUCGGUUAGUAAGUCAGUCCAUCAGUCUGUAAGUCAGCCAUUCAGUCAUUCAGUCAAUCAGUCCGUCAGACAAUAAGUCAGUCAGUCAGUCAGUCAGUCAGUCAGUAAGUCAGUCAGCAUGUCGGUCAAUCUAUCCGUAAGUUGGUCAGUUUAUUAGUCAGCUAGGAGUGAGGCCAAGUCCUUGGUCACAGAGUGAUUCGCGUCAAGUCAGAUCGACCAGGAGAUUCGUCAUAAGCAUCUCAUGGUCUUUGAGAUCAACUUAGUGUCGGCUAAGGUGG